AUGCAACUUCUGGCUCUUAUGGUUCUGAGGAGGACAUUUACAUUUACCCUCACAACCUCUCGCUAUUACACUUCUGCCAUUGUCUCUCUCCCCCACACACCGCACACUCUCCUCCAUCUGCUUCAACGCUGCAUCGACCUUCGAGUUGAGAAACUCGCCCAACAAUCUCACGCUCAAAUCCUCGCCAAUGGGUAUGCGCAAAACGUUUUCCUCGCCACCAGGCUCGUCUCUGCUUAUGCCACGUGUGGCGGGCUAACGUUGUCAAGGUUAGUCUUUGAGUCCGUUGAGGCCAAGAACGUUUACCUCUGGAACUCACUGAUCAAUGGGUACGUUAAAAACCACAACUUUCACCAAGCCCUUGCUUGGUUCAGAGAAAUGGGUAGCAAUGGUGUGCCGCCUGAUGAUUACACUCUCGCCACGGUUUUCAAAGUUUCUGGUGAACUUGAGGACUUGGUUUCCGGGAGAUUGAUUCAUGGGAAGAGUGUAAGGAUUGGGUUUGUGUCGGAUGCGGUUGUUGCCAAUUCUCUAAUGGCAAUGUAUUGUAGGUGUGGAGAGUUUGCUGAAACAGUAAAGGUGUUUGAGGAAAUGCCUCAGAGGAAUGUUGGUUCGUUCAAUGCUGUAAUUUCUGGGUGUGCUGCCUUGGAAAAUUGUACGUCUGCUUCCCGUGAUUAUUUAUGGAACUUUUUUGUAAGAAUGCAAUGUGAGGGGUUAGUGGCUGAUGCUUUUACUGUAGCGAUUUUACUCCCAGUGUGUUGUGGCAAUUCUGGGAAGUUGGAUUAUGGGAGGGAGCUUCACUGUUAUGUGGUGAAGAAUGGGUUAGAUUUGAAGAUGGGUUUAGAUGUGCAUCUGGGGUCUUCUUUGAUUGAUAUGUAUUCCAGGAGUAAGAAAGUUGUUCUGGGAAGGAGAGUGUUUGACCAAAUGAAAAACAAAAAUGUAUAUGUUUGGACGGCAAUGAUCAAUGGUUAUGUGCAGAAUGGAGCACCUGAGGAAGCAUUGGUUCUUCUUAGUGAGAUGCAAAUGAAAGGUGGGAUACGACCCAAUAAAGUAUCACUUGUUAGUGUGCUUCCAGCUUGUACCUCGGUUGCUGGAUUAACAGGAGGGAAACAAAUACAUGGAUUUUCUAUUAGAAUGGAGUUAAACGAAGAUGUUUCCCUAUGCAAUGCUUUAAUUGACAUGUAUUCCAAAAGUGGGAGUUUGGAUUAUGCAAGACGGGCAUUUGAAACUGGUUCCUACUUCAAAGAUGCUAUAACUUGGAGUUCAAUGAUCUCUGCGUAUGGAUUACACGGGAGAGGAGAAGAAGCUGUAAUUACGUAUCACAAAAUGCUUCAGCAAGGGGCCAAACCAGACAUGAUAACAGUGGUUGGUGUUCUUUCUGCAUGUAGCAAGUCAGGAUUGGUAGAUGAAGGCAUUAGUAUAUAUAAAUCUAUGAUGACUAAUUAUGAAAUAAAACCAACAGUUGAAAUAUGUGCUUGUAUUGUGGACAUGUUAGGUAGAUCAGGCCAGCUUGAUCAAGCCUUGCAAUUCAUCAUAGAAAUGCCUCUAGAUCCUAGUCCAAGUGUUUGGGGAUCUCUUUUAACUGCCUCUGUAAUGCAUGGGAAUUCCAGGACAAGAGACCUGGCUUAUAAACAUCUCUUAGAGCUGGAACCUGAAAACCCCUCAAAUUAUAUAUCCCUUUCAAAUACGUAUGCAUCCUAUAGGAGAUGGGAUGUGGUAAGUGAGGUGAGAACAAUGAUGAAAGAAAGAGGUUUAAAAAAGGUUCCAGGUUGCAGUUGGAUAACUAUUAGUGGUAAGACUCAUUAUUUUUCUGUUGCUGACAAAGCACAUCCUUUGUCUAGUUUAAUCUAUGGAAUGCUCGAUGACCUUGUAUCAAUGAUGUCAUAUGGUUGUACUGAUAGUGAUAUCCUAUCCUGA